GCUGUCUCCAACUAUUCAACUUCUUCCUCUUCCGCACUCCAUUGUCUUCGUCCUUCCUCUGUUUGAAAAGGGAGAAAGCCCAUAACACACACUCGAGGAAGAAGAAGAAGAUGUCGGCGGCUGCCAUCGUCUCUCUGUCGAAUCCGAACGAUCAUGUCGCUCGCAUCGUUUGCAGGAAACGACUAUUCCAUUGUCGGAAUACACUACCCUGUUUCGGACACUCUUCUGUCUCUUCUUCUCCGGUGACGUCGCUUGCUUCUAGAUUCUCCCUCAGGCUCCUCCCAAAUAAGCCCUUCAAUUCCACAGUCUUUAAAAGAUCCACCACUGUCAUGGAAUGGCAAGAGUGCAAAGUAAGGAAGGUGGUUGGCGUGCCUAUAUCAGUUGCUUACGAACUCUAUUCUGACCGUGAAUCCAUUCCUAGAUGGAUGACAUUCAUAUCAUCUGUGGAGGUGCUGAAGGACAAACCUGAUCAAUCUCGUUGGGCUUUGAAAUAUAAGGCGUUUGGUCAAAAUAUCGAGUAUUCUUGGCUCGCCAGAAACUUGCAGCCCAUACGGAAUCAGAAAAUUCACUGGAUAUCACUCGAAGGCCUUCCCAACAAGGGCACCGUUCGGUUUUUCCCAAGAGGACCUUCAUCAUGCGAAGUAGAAUUGACGUUUGCGUAUGAAGUUCCUCUUCUGUUAGUCCCAUUUGCAUCAGCGCUCCAGCCGCUUAUGCAAGGAAUGAUCCGACAAAGUUUGGAGAUAUUUGCAGAAAUAGCGAAAAGCACAGCUACAAAGACCCCUUAAGUUCAAAUUUGCUUGGUGAAAGCUCCAAGAAUUCAUCCCGGUUGCGAAAAAUUUUCGACCCUUUUUCCAUUGAUUUCGACCCUUAAAGACUCGGGCUUUUACCAUUUUUUCUUUUAAACGCUGCUAGAUUUACAGAUUCACCGCUUAUAACAAUGGCUUUUCUUCAUUCGCAUGUAAAAAGAACGCCAUUGUUUCUUUUGUUGACAGUUUUUACCUUUGACUGGAUCGAAACCACAGUCUAGUGUUUAUAUGAAUAAAGAUUGUUUAUUUUACA